AUGGUUGUAGGAAGGAAUGGUGACAGUAAUGUUGAGGCAUUAACGAGGUGGACUGGUGCGAUUGGACAAGUGCCGCAAGAAAGUGCCGAUUAUGGAGGAAAGGAUGAGUUCAGUGCUUUGGGGGAUUUCCGAAGGUGCAAUCCGUCGAUCUUUGAAGGAGGUACUCACAUGUUGACUAAAGGAGUUGAGGAUUGGUGGAGUGAUACUGUGCAGAGAUUUAAAGAGGAAGGUAUUGAAAAAGAAGUGAAGUUUCUAAAGUUGAAACGAGAAAGAGGACAAUCCAGUGGGAAACCGUAUGAUGAAAAGAGGAAACAAACUGGUGUUGGCAAGAAGCUAAGUGGGGGAGGAACUUCUACUCCAAUUAAGUGCUUUAGAUUUGGUAUUGAGGGUCAUCGUACCGUUGAUUGUGGUAAGAAUUAUGUGACAUGUUUUAAGUGUAAAAAAAUUGGUCACAAAGCAAACAAGUGUAGAAUUGGUUCGAGUGCGACUUGUUACAAUUGUGGUGAGCGAGGUCACAUUAGUUCCAAAUAUGAUAAGCCAAAGAAAGAGCAAGCAGAAGGAAAAGCGUUUGCAUUGCCUGGUGUUGAGACCACUGCUAAGGAGAGGCUAAUCUGA